AUGUCGGAACAGACGGGUGGCAAGCUGGAGAGAAAGAACAGCAAGCGACAGAGACUUGGGCGAUUCCUCCGCUCAUGGCGACAGAAGCCACAGGCUCGUAAUGAUGCACAUGUACGCUCCCAUCACUCCUUGACUUCUACCUGCUUGUCUUUCCGAGCAAGCCUUUGGUAUGGGUUAUCGUUUAGUAUGAUGAUCCGUGACGCGCAAGCUAAUAGCGAUCCGAAGAUGCCAGCCGUUCCUGAGUCACAAUCUCGACAGAAAACUUGGUUUGAGCCCAAGACUACGGAUCCCCUUCACCCCAAGCCACAAGACAGAUUCGCAGAAGAGGCAGAGAAACAAGACAUAAAAGAGGCAGAGAUACCAAGUAUACAAGAGGCAGAGACAGGGCCGAAGCCACCUUCGACAGAAAGAGGACGACUGAAAGAGGAGGACAGGGUCACAGCCUUGACUGAGGAUCAGCUCCGCGUACUCUUCGCUGGCGCCCCGCACUUCCACGUUAAGAGCGGCAACGGCAACCAUGAGCCCUCGGUAUCCUUUCCUUGGGAUAGCGAGAACACCAAGGAGGAUGCCUCCGACUCAGCUCCUCUCAAGGAGCGUGCAUUCGCUGCAAUGAGCCUACAUAGUGGCGUCCAUCUAGCCCAACCGUCUUUAGAAAAGGAAAAGACAUACAAGGGAUACACGCCAGACGUGGUCGAAAUGCCCAACAUGCUCGGUAGUCAAGGUGUCGAGCCAGGAAGUGUAGGCUUCUCUUACUUCGUCGGCUUGCCCGUCUCCGAUAGUCUCGUCAUCGAUACAGAAGAGUCUCAGUCUGGCAUGGACUAUCUGGAAACGACUAGGAAUAAGGAGCUGAUGCAAACCAACCCCGAGAGGCUCGGUAUACGAUCCGCCGAGCUCACUCUCAUCUACGAUCGCUUGGUCGAGUUGCAAGACAUGUAUGAAGCGUUCCAGGAUACUCCAGAACCCAUGACCAUUCUCAAUAACCAGAGUUCCGGAGACUUGUAUGCCAAUCUGUUCUCCAAGUUCCUCAUGCCACCAGGCUACGACGACUCCGUAGACGAUCCGACUGGCUUGCAAAUACAAAUCAUGACGUUGCUCCGGAUACUGAAACUCAAGGGUGUCUGGUACGACUUCAGUCUAGUCGAAUGGAGGAUACGGCUGGGUCAAAUCUUAUGGAGCGAUCCGGAUGCGUACUCUGAGCUUGAAUCUCAUUCGCAAUGGACGAAACGCGAGAUAUUGUUAUUGCAGAUUACGCUCUCGUGUGAACUGCUGCUACGUCUGGAUGCCUUUACAAACAUGGAUGCUUUGGAUGCUGAACUACGACUUCGAAUCAAUUUCAACGACAUCACCGGUUUCCUCGAGGCAAAAAACAUAAAGGUAGAUUGGGAUCUGGUCCUGGCUCGUACAUUUCUUGAAAACAUUUCAGUUAUCAAAGGCAACGAGGUUGGUACGGUGGCGCAAUCCAAGUCACGCGGACUAAAAUCUCUCUGGGGAGGAAACGAGCCAACGGAAUCGCCAUUGGCAGAUGUCAUCUUUCUGCCACAACACCAGACCCAACAGCUGUCAGGAUUAUUUCAUUUUGCGGAGACUAUACGCUGGCCUGGCGCUGUGGAUGUUAUCAAAGAGCUAGGUAGUAAAGUAGGUGUACCCAACGCCACCGAGAGCAUGCAGCAGCUUUCGUCUGUUGGCAAAUCGCCUGACAACAGUACUCCGUAUUGUAUCAGCGUCUACGGAACGCCGCUUCACACACCCCUCCCAUCCGAGCAGGCCAUUGGCAGCUACUUUGGAGAUGUUGGAAAACCUGCUAUGGAUCGUCGGGACUCGCAAGCAUUGCGUGUGCCGCUCUCUCCUUCUCGCCCAACAUCCAGUCAUCACUCCCAACCUUUGUUGGAGGGAGUAGGCGGAUGGCUAAGUCGUUCCUAUUUGACCGGGCUGGUCCUUCCCGGCGAGGCCAUCUCACACUAUUUAAUUUCCACAUUGCUUGAAAACGACAAGUCCGCGAUAAGUAGCCUUGGCGACUGUGCGAAUCUCUACGGUGGCUUCACCUACCAGGAAAGGACAUGGUGGAGCAAGCACUCGAUUGUUGGUCGUGUCCUGGCUUGUUUAGAUGGCUCCACAGAAUGCAUGGGCUGGAUUUCAUGUCCCAAGUUACCUUCUGGUCCCACUGGUUGGCACAAUAUCCACAGUGAGCAACUUCUGCACGAUCGGCAUUUACGCGUGACAGAUGGUUAUGAUCCAAUCUCUCGAGAAUCAGCCAUCAUUCCAGAAUCCGACAUGGCUUCGGCUAUAUCCGAGGAUCUCGUCUUGCCUUUAGAUCCAGAGUUGCCUCCGAUACCUGUCCUUGGCUUCUCGCACUGGGAGCUCACGCCGAUCAACCCAGACUUGAUCGACGACGACAACUGUGCCAUGCUCUCGCCUGAACAGGACAUUCAAACCGCAUUGUUCACAUUUGCUUCUCAAGAUCAGACGCUGAUCCAGACGUUGACACUGGCAUACGAUGUGUACUUCAUCACUUCAUGGCCUUGCAGCAAACCAGCUCCGGCCACCCCGUCAGUCGCCAGCUUACCUUAUAUCCUCAAGCGAUCACGAGCAGGCACCUUGUCACGAUCAUCAUCCAAACGAAGCAUGACACUCUCGCGCCGCAACAGCCACGGCUUCGAGCCCUUGCUAUCCCACCCACCCACCUCAUCCACCAUCACCCCCAAACGCACCUACGAAGUCGGCGCGGCAGAUGACGCCGAAAUCUUCAGCCCCCACCACCUGAUCCCCCACGGCAAGCCAUUGAGCGCCCAUCCCCUGCACAAAUCCUACCUCUACAAGAUUGUGCCCGCAACCCGCAUCCUCGAGCCGGACUUUGAACUCCCCUUUGAGAUGCACACGUCCAAGUCGUCGGAGCGGCUGCUCUCUCUAGCCAACUCCCAGAAUAGUGUCGCGGACACGAUUGUCAAUAACAAGAAGACGGUUCUUGUGCUGGAUGCGCGCUCCUCGUCUGACGGGGAGUUGUUGGCGCGGGCUUGGUGUGCGGAAAAGGGUCUGCAUGCGGUUGUUGGGAGGGCUACGCGGACGUGCUUGUCCUGUUGUAUUCGUGAGGCGCGGGGGUUGAAUGUCAGGAUUGUGAUUCGGGUCUGA